ACCUGUGAAUCCAGUUUAGUCGUUCAUGCUGCAACAAAAUGGUGCUAUCAAUGGAGCGCUGGUCCGGCAAAAUUGCCGUUGUUACGGGUGCUAGUGCAGGUUGUGGAGCUGCCAUAGCUGAGGCUUUAGUCAAAGAAGGUCUACAGGUUGUUGGUUUAGCUCGUCGCAAAGAACGCAUAGACGAACUAUCUCAGAAAUUAUUGAGGUGCAAAGGCAAACUUCACUCUUAUAAAUGCGACAUGACGAUUGAGAGUGAUAUUAUUGCUGCUUUCAAAUGGAUUAAGGACACUCUAGGUCCCGUGUCGGUGCUCGUUAAUAACGCAGGGGUAUCUCAGCCCAACACUCUCAUCGGUGGGAAUACGGAAAUGUGGAAAAAAGUUCUUGAUACUAAUGUUUUGGGUCUGACAAUAGCCACAAGGGAAGCCAUAGAUCAAAUGACUAGCAAUAAAAUCGACGGGCACGUCAUCCAUAUUAACAGUAUUUUAGGACACUACGUAGCUCAUGUCCCCCAAGUCAACAUGUAUUCAGCCUCAAAAUUUGCCGUUACUGCCCUGACUGAAACUCUGAGACAGGAACUUGUAACUUUGAACAGCAAAAUCCGUGUCACUAGUCUCAGUCCAGGUCCUGUGGAUACCGAAUUUGCUUCUUCUUCUAAUUUAACGAAUCACGAGGAGUGGGCGAAGUUGUACAACGCAAUGCCCAAAUUAAAUAGUGAGGACGUCGCUGAUGCUGUCGUAUAUAUACUAUCAACACCACCACACGUCCAAAUACAAGAAAUAAUGAUGCGUCCUCUAGGAGAACCGGUAUGACUCAAUCGCAAUACCCAGUUCUUCAAAAUAUGAAACAAGUUUGGAAAUAAUUUUAUUACGUAUUAAGUGUAUUAUCAGUUGCCGUAAUAAAAUAUAUGAACUAGAAAAUUUCA